AAGAUGAUGCAAUAAGAACACCUGAAGACAUCGAUCGUUUUAUUUCGGCUGAAAUCCCUGAUCCAAGAAAAGAAGGCCAUCUAUACGCUUUAGUAACGUCUCAUAUGACUCAUUCUUGCAAUCCAAUGUGCUUAGAAGAAGGAAAAUGCUCCAAAAAAUAUCCAAAAGACUUCAGUGAAAAUACUCGCGAAGCGAUCAACGGCUAUCCGAUAUACCGCCGUAGAAACAAUGGGAGGGAGAUAUGGAAAUCCAAUAACAAUCUAAUUGAUAAUCGUCGUAUCGUGCCUCACAAUCCAUAUCUUUUGCAACGAUAUAAUGCGCAUAUCAAUGUGGAAAUUUGCUCUUCCGUUAAAUCAAUUAAAUACAUUUACAAAUACAUUUACAAGGGGUAUGACGCCGGAACGCUUCACUUUACCACCGACUCAACUUCUGUAGCGUUAUCACACGACGAAAUAAACACAUUCAUCACAGGACGAUAUGUUGGCGCCCAUGAAGCUAUAUGGCGAAUCAAUGAAUUUGAAAUGCAUUAUCAAUCACACACAAUAAUCAAACUCGAAUGUCACCUUCAAAAUCAACAAAGAAUUAUAUUUAAUGAAGAUCAAAUAGGCAAUAAGUUGGUACAGGAAAACGUUCGCCAAUCCAAACUACUUGCUUGGUUCCGUCUUAAUCAAAUAGACGAAUUUGCACACCAGUACCUUUACACUGAAACACCAUUGCAUUACACUUGGUCAAAUAAUGGGCGUUGUUGGCAAAAACGCAAACAAAAUUCACCAAAGGUUGUAAGCCGCCUAUACGCUGUAAAUCCAAAAAAUUCUGAGCUUUUCCAUUUACGAAUGCUACUUCUACAUGUACGUGGUGCGAAAAACUUCGAAGACCUACGAACAUAUGAUGGCCACGUCUAUUCAACUUAUGUUGACGCUUGCCAAGCAAGAGGUAUUUCGGCCAAUGAUAUGAUUUGGUAUCAGGCUGUUGCGGAGGUUUGCGGUGCUAAAACACCCAAACAAAUUCGUCAGUUUUUCGCAAUCAUUUGUUCACUGAAUGUCCCUAAUAAUGUGGAUUUGAUAUGGAAUGAUUUCAAAUACCACAUGUAUGAAGAUUACAUCCAAACAAUGAGCCUUGAGAACGCCGAAAAUUGCGCACUUCUGGAAAUUGAAGAAAUUCUUUUGGAAAAUAAUACAACAUGUGCUCUGAUUGGUUUGCCAACACCUUCAACAAUGGCACAAAGCGCAGACGCGGACAAUAAUAGUGACACUUUUUUGGAUUUAUAUUCUCAAGCAAAUGCCGAACAGAAGUUUGUGAUUGAUACAAUAAUCCAAGCCAUAGACACCGGCAGCUCUCAACGUUUAUAUUUUCUUUCAGCAGCGGCCGGAUGCGGAAAAACUUUUAUACAACGUUCACUAAUUGCCAAACUCGGUUCAAGUUGCAUUGCUAUGGCUUAUACAGUUGCCUGUUCCCACAAGAUCAGACUCCGUUCCUGAAGUUAGACGUAAUUCUGCCAUUGCACAAAGAAUUAGAUCUUCAAAACUGAUUAUAUGCGAUGAGGCGCCAAUGAUUAGCUCUGAUGUUCUUACGGUAAUUAAUAGACUAUUUAAAGAUAUAGUUAAUGGCUCCGAUAAGGAAAGACACUUCGGAAACAAGUUUAUUUUACUUAGUGGUGAC